UGAUCCGUCUGUUUUUCCAGCCCUGCUUCCUGCUGGCAGGACACAUCUGGGAAUGGCCAAGGAAACCCCUAAAAGUGGGGUCUGUGGCAGACUUGAUGAGAAACACAUUCCAGAGAAAUUUUACAGGGUUCAGAAGGUUAGUAGUUAGGCAGGCAGGAAUCAGUGCAACAUGGCCUCCCUGGUUCGCAGUGCUGUGGUCCUGGCUCUGUUGUUGAGUGGUGUGACUGCUCAAGAUGGAGAGGAGGGUGCUAUUUUACUGCCAGAGGAUCCAUACUAUGACAAUAUUGAGGAGCCAUAUGUUGAUCCAGUAGGGGAAUAUCCUCCCGGUGAGGACUACCCUCCCUAUGAUGACUACAGUGAUGUAGUGGUGACUGCACCUCCCUACCAGCCCACCCCUCCACCCAGACGUCCAGCCCCUCGUCCAGAUCCUCAACCACCUGCACAGGUCCCUGCACCUCCACGUGGCUACGACUACGGUUCAGAGUCGGACUAUUAUGACGGCUACAGCUAUGAGCGGCAGAUUGAAGAGGACCAAAGAAGAGAAAGGCUGUACCAAAUGGAGUUCCAGCUGAGAGAGGCCUUGGCAGAACUCAGACUCCUGAAGUCUCAACACUCGACAACCAGGCUGGUGGUACAAAACAUUAACACCAAGCUGUUCUCUGAUAUACUUCCGGGCAUAAAUGAAAAAAUGAAUAACUUUGGGAGAAGGUCAGACAAGAGUGUUACAGACAUUGCAAGAUACAACCAGCGGCUAACAGAGAUAGAACAAGGCAUGGAGGAGAACAAACUGCUUGGAGCUACUGUCACAUCCAUGGAGCAGAAAACUAACAGGCUGGACAACAUGAUCAACGAACAUGACAACAAGCUGCUGAGGAUGGAGAACACCUACCGGGGCACCCUGGCUCGCCUGGAGACUAGGCUGUCACAGGUGGAGAGUAACACAGCCGACCAAGUGUACAACAUGGAGGAGUCAGUGCUGGGGCUGGAGAAGGAGGUGAAGAAGCUGGCUGCCCGUCCUGAGAGGGAGGACCAGGCAACCAGGAUAGCUCAGCUGAAAAGACAGCUGUUUGACACAAACAACAAAGCCACCUACUUGGAGAGGCAAAUCAGCAGCAAUGACAGAGACAUUGCAAAGACUGAUCAGAAAGUGAAAGAAGUGCUGAGGAUGAUGCAAUACCAAGAUCAGGAGCAGGCCCGUGCUGCUCCCAUGUCCAUACAAGAUGACUACAUCAACAAGGUGUCGCAACUGGAGCAGCAGUUCACCCAGGACAGAAGCAGGGUUACAUCCUUGGAUGAAAGAUGCAACAUCCUGGAGCGCCAACUGGGUGCCUACUCACAAGCCUUCAACCAGAUCAAAACCAAGGGUUGCUGUGAUGAUUUGGAUGUCACAUCACUGCCUUCUGGAAUUCCAACAGUCAUAAGCUCGGGACGAUUUCCUGAGACUGGUGGUAGAUCAUCAUCAUCAGGGCUGGACAUCCCACGUUUCUCUGCUCCUCAGCCAAGUGUGAAUGAGGCUGUCCCUGCUCCUGCCCCCAGACCUGCUCCACCUGUCACCUUCAACCAGCCUGCCCCUGCCCCACCACGGUCCCAGCUGUCCCUGCCUACACAAAUCCCAUCAGCCUUUGAGGAUCCAAGAGGAGGGGUGCCAGAACUGGUCCAACCAACUGCCCCACCUGCACCUCCAAGAGGUCGCCGACCCACAGGCGGGAGGAACCGUGAGGUACCCAGUCCUCCACGCAGAAAUGGCAACAGAAGGGAGAGACCAAGGGAGAGACCAAGGCAGCCUGAGGCACCACCACAACCACAACCACUACCACCAGUACCACAACCACCGCCAAGCCGGAGUGUGGAUUCUGAAUACGAAGGAUACCCAAUCGUGCCAGAAGUGAGCAGGGCUGAGCUUGGAGAAAUCAAACCAAUAGACUGCUCAGAGAUAUAUGACUAUGGACUUGAGGCCAGUGGUGUGUACUACAUCUACCCCUCUACACUAACCGAGCCUGAGAAUGUGCCUGUAUACUGUGACAUGACUACAAAUGGUGGUGGCUGGACAGUGUUCCAGAGAAGGCUGGACGGGAGGGAGAACUUCAACAGAAAUUUCUCUGAUUACAGGAAAGGUUUUGGGACUCCAGUAGCAGAGUACUGGCUAGGCAACAACAUCCUGCACCACAUCUCCCACCAGGAUGAUUAUGCACUUAUGGUGGAGCUGGAAGACUGGGAGGGCAAUAUCGUUCAUGCCAACUAUGACCAAUUCACUGUUGGUGAUGCAAGUCUCAAGUACAGACUCAAUCUGGGAAGAUACAGUGGAACUGCUGGUGACUCUAUCAGAGGUAACAUGCUAAGUGGCAACAAUAGAAUGCCCUUCUCUACAUAUGAUGAGGACAAUGACAAGUCCAGAGCCAACUGUGCCACAACUCACAAGGGAGGCUGGUGGUACAACCAAUGUGGGGACUCCAACCUGAAUGGUGUGUACUACUCAGGAGGCGUGUACGGGGGUGAGGCUGAUGGCAUCUACUGGUACUCCUGGAAACAGGACACCUUCUACUCCCUCAAGAGGGUCGAAAUGAAGAUCAGACCAACUUACUUUUAAAUUGUACUAGUGGUGGGUUCAGUAUAUGUAGCUUUCAACUUUCAUUCAUGGAGAAGAUACGGUAAACUAAUAACCAGUAUCAUUCCAAUGAAUUUUUAGGUACUGUUUUAGAGAAUACUUCAGAAACACUUGGACCAUUUUAGAGACUUUUGUGGAGCUACUUCUUGAUAGACUAUGUCAUAAACACAAUGGCAAAAAUCAAUAGAAAGAGAUGGUAAAAGUAAAAUAACUUUAUUUUCUCUAAUAGUGUAUGUUGAAUGUGGCAAGAAAUAUUAAGUAUAUCACACUUUGUUCUGCAUGUAAGCCUUUUCUCAAUGACAUGUAAAAUCUGAGUUUUUUAGAGGCAUACAGUAGCUCUUUUACCAAUGAUCAUUCACAAAUAACCAUAUAUCUGCAUAACAUCAGGAAUAAGGAUACUUUCAUGAUUGUAAGUGAAAAGUCUAUAUUGUGAUAAUGGCACUUAGUGAUUGUGCAAAUUGGUUUUCCUGACUUGAUGUAACAGUUUAGUUACAUACAUGUUCAACUGACUUGUUAUCAUUUAAAUGUGUACUCUUCUGCUGAACACUUGUGAUAGUAUUUAGAGUUCGGUACUGCCUUUAAAAGGCAUGGAAUACAUCUAUCUCUUUUACCUUA